AUGUACGCUGCAGGGUUGGAUCUCUUGGUUCUGCUGGCCUUCUCCUUCUCACCGUCGCUCGGCUUCCCGGAUGUGGGUGCUACCAUCCUCCGCUCGUACCACCUCACCAAGUACCUCGAGAGGCAGGUGCAGGCCCUCAGCGUCAGCUAUAUGGAGUACCUGGGGCCCCCCUUUGACAACCCGGACUUCGACCCACCCCGCGCGGCAGGGCCCGGCCGCAUCCCGUCCCCCACCCUGGAGGUGGGGGCCUGGCGGGGCCUGGACGACCGCCACCGGCUCUGGGAGAACCUGAGGGCCUACCGGCUACUGCUCACCUGCCUGUCCUCGCUGGAGGAGGACGAGGAGGGAGGCGGAGGGAGCCAGGACUGGGGGGGAGGCGAGGGCCGCCCCUCCCUCCACACCGCCCUCCUCCACCUCCGCGCCGGGCUCCAGGGGCUGAGCCUGGGCAUCGGGGCCGCCCUGAGCUCGCUGGGGCACCCCCCGGACCCCCCUCCACCCCCCACCCCGCCCUCACCCCCUCCUCCGCCCCCUACCCCUCCGGCCCCCUCCGCCUUCCUCCGCAAGCUCUCGCGGUUCUGGCUGCUGCGGGAGCUGCGGGCCUGGCUCCUCCGCUCGGCCAAGGACUUCACCCGCCUCCGCCGGGCGCACAGGAAGAUCCCACGGGCACGGGAGGAUCCCGCGGGCUCGGCGAGAUCCCAGGGGUCGGGGGCGCGGGCCGUCUAA